AUGGGAAAUUUCCAGAGCAUCUGUACUAGUAGAACGAAAGAUGAAGAAGGUGGUGGUGGAAGAGAUAAUCAAUACAAAUCAAAAGAAAAUUCAUCAGUUGAGAUAUUGGUGUUCUUCAGUUCAAUCUUGAAAGCAACAAAGGGCAUACUGCAAAAUCUGUGUGUCUAUUUGAGGCCUCGAAAAGCAGCAGGUCCAUCACUUCCAGUUCAAAAUCCACCACCCCAAAUUUGCUCGCCUUCACACUCCAUCUUGGACGACAAAUAUCCGUCUUCAACUGGUCUGAUCGAUGAUGAAGAAGCUCGGUGUGAGAGAAAUGAUGAUGAGGUAGAACAAGAAGAACAUGUUGUCUCUGUGAUUGAUGUAGAAAUUGAGCCUUGCUUGGACGAGAGAGAGGCCAAGGAGCAAGUAAAGAGUAGUACUCCUACUAUUGUAGUGGUGGAGGAAGAGAAGAGGAUAAAGCAUUACAGCAGCCGGCAUAGCAUACUCUUGGUCGGAGAAGGAGACUUCUCCUUCUCCGCUUGUCUCGCCUUGGCUUUUGGCUCUGCCACCAACAUCAUCGCCACAUCCCUCGAUUCUCAAGCAUUUUUGAAGAACAAUUAUGGGAAUGCUAUGUCCAACAUUGGUGAAUUAAGGAGGAGAGAGGGCAAGGUGAUGCAUGAGAUCGACGCUACUAAAAUGGCCAAUCAUGAGUUGCUCGGACACCUUAAAUUCGAUCGCAUAAUAUACAACUUUCCUUAUGCUGGAAUUUUCCACAUUAGCGUGCCUCGCGAAACCCAACUUAGUCUUCAUAGGGAACUGGUGAGCAAGUUUCUAAUGAACGCGCGGAAUAUGAUAAGUGAAAAUGGUGAGAUUCACAUUUCGCAUAAGACCAAUGGUUUCCAUGAUCGGUUUUAUGUGGAAGACAUUGCUUCUUCGCACGGCCUCAGACUUAUAGAGGCUGUGACAUUUGAACGUGGUGAUUAUCCAGGCUACAACACCAAGUCCGGAUUCGGGGGUGAUGCCAACUUCGAUUGCAACCCUAGCAAUACCUUCAAAUUUGGCCUUAAGUAA